AUGACGGUCGCCAACAGCGUCUCCCUUUGUCCCUCCUCGCACAACCUCGCGGACCAUCGCAUCAGCCUCAUGCCGACCCGCUCGCCAAAGUCGGCAAGGUCUACCGUCAGCUCGCUCGUGACCGACGUCCCAAAGCCUGUCGCCAGCGGCAGCGGUGUCUCGUGCUCUAUCCUCCUCGCAGAGCGCAACAUCUUCCUUCACGGGUUCGAUCACGACGGCCGACUUCCUCGGGACGGUGAGGGCGGAACUGCUCUGCUGCGCGGCAAGCUGCAGCUCAAGGUGACCAAAAAUGUCAAACUCAAGGCCAUACAGCUAAAGCUGCUGGGCCGCGCGCGCACAGAAUGGCCCGAAGGCAUCCCGCCAAUGAAGCAAGACGUCUUUCAAGAGGAGAGCCUGCGGACCCAGGUGCUGACCUUUUUCAACGUCAUGCACGACGGCUGGGAGACUGAAUUCGGCAACCAAUGCACCUACAAGCUCAAGACGGGCUCGGCAAACUCGAGCAGCACGAGCUUGACGGAUCUCUCACACGCGCAACGCCCGGGCACCCUGCUGCCUUCUUCCGCCACGCCGAGGGGCAGCUUAACGGCGAGGGACAUGAAACGGCUCUCUCUUCAAAGCAUACAGUCGCGUAGCUUUGGCAAGGGCGAGAAUGGCGUCGCGACCGCGACGCAGGCCAAGGGAUUCAAGGUCUUUUACCCUGGUACGUACGAUUACUCCUUCGAGCUCCCCAUCGACCACCACCAGUUGGAAACCACCAAGCUGUUGUACGGGUCGGUCAAGUGGGAGCUCCAUGCCAGCAUUGACCGAGCUGGCGCGUUCAAGCCCAACCUGCACGGCACCAAGGAGGUCUCGGUUGUUCGCUUGCCGGACCAGCUGUCCCUGGAAACCACGGAACCCAUCUCCAUCUCGAGGCAGUGGGAAGAUCAGCUUCACUACGACAUUGUCAUCUCUGGCAAGAGUUUCCCGAUCGGUUCCAAGAUCCCCAUCGCCUUCAAGCUCACUCCCCUGGCCAAGGUCCAGGUCCACAAGUUCAAGGUCUACGUCACCGAGUCCAUCGAGUACUGGACAAGCGACAGGCGAGUGACGCGAAAGGACGGCGGACGCAAGAUUUUGCUGAUUGAGAAGGUGGCGGGGAAACCGCUCGACUCCAACUGGGCCGCAUCCGAAGUCAACACGCUUUCUGGGGGCGAGCUCUGUCCAGAGCAGCGCCGCCAAGCAAGGGAGAUUGCGCAGGCGCGGAGGGCGCGGGAAGCGGAAAGGCAAGGUAGGCCUGUGGAACCCUUGCCGGAACCUGCCAACAACUUGCUCGGCGACCUCGAUCUCGGCCUGGAGCACAUGUGGGGGUCUACCGAGAUUGAAGCAAACGUACAGCUUCCUACUUGUCAGAUGAUGGCCAAGGACAAGAGCCUCAGGCUACAUCCAGACUGUAGCUGGAAAAAUGUCAAUGUCUAUCACUGGAUCAAGGUUGUCUUGAGGAUUAGCCGCAUCGAUCCCCAAGAUGCUACUGGAACCAAGCGCAGACACUUUGAGAUCAGCAUCGAUUCACCGUUUACUGUGCUCAAUUGCCGCGCAACGCAGGCAAACACAAACUUGCCCGCCUACUCGAACCCGACCAGUCAGCCCGCCCCGUGUCAGUCUGCCUGCGGCUGUCCCGAUGCCGCAACGCUUGCCGGCGAAGGCCCCCCGGGUUCAUCUACCGGCACCCUCGCAGGCGUCGAUUUGAGCAACGAGGCCCUCCCUGCCCCACCACGAGCAGCUCACCUGGCGCACUCGACGAGUUGGACGACCUCGAGGACGACGGCGGUGACGAACCCGGCAGCCGAUGUUGGGGGUACUUGGUCUCGACAUGUGGGACAUGUGGUGGAUGCGGAGAAUCAAGGCGAACCCCGGCCGAUCCACCUGCUGCGGGUGCCUAGUUUUCAGCCUCCUGCGUUUGACGACGACACGGCACCACCGCCCGCGCCUGUUUUGGCGACGGAAGACGGGGACGGGAACGGGAACGGGAACGGGGAAGCAACCGACGCGCCUCUGAUGACGCCGCCUCCCCAGUACGACGUCGUGGUGGGGACGCCGAGCGUGGACGGCCUAGCUGAUUACUUUGCUCGGCUGGCGGACUACGGGUAUGAGAACGAGGACGGCCACGAGUGGGAAUCUGAAGAUUCGGACGGACAGCCGGCGAGAAUAUUGGAUCGAUCCGGGAGGGUCAAUGUUCGAAACCCUAGGACGCCAGGAGGGCGCAUGCCCAGCAGGAGCAUGGAGAUGACUCGACCCAGGGUCAACUUGGCGAACGGGGCAGAGUGA